GUUGAAAUAGUUUAAAUUCCACGUGUCGAGUGCCGCGUCUGUAGACAUCAGGAGUUGAUUACUUUUUUGUUUAGAGGAUAAUUGCUAUUGUUUAAAUUAAUAGUAAUACGAAAUAAAUGGUCCCAAACUUUUUUUCAUAAUGGAAGAUGAAGAAAACACCGAAUUCGAUUUGAAUCCAAUGGAAACCGAUCCAGGGAAGAUGUUUAUAGGAGGACUGCCGAGCCAGACAACGGCAGAUAUUUUGCAACGUUACUUUGAAAAGUUUGGUGAGGUCAAAGAAAGCGUUGUAAUGCGCGAUUCAGUUACAAAACGAUCGAGGGGAUUUGGUUUUGUCCGCUUUGUUGAUCCAAAAUCUGUAGACCAAGUUCAAAGCUCUUGCCCUCACAUCAUCGAUGGAAAAAAGAUUGACCCCAAAAGAGCUGUUCCAAAAAAGUCGCCACUACCUGGUCAAAAUCAGUUUAAAAAGGUUUUUGUUGGUGGCUUGCCUCCUGAUACAACUGCAAGAGAUUUGACAGAAUAUUUUGAAGCAUUUGGAAAGGUGACUGAGGUUUUAUUAAUGCAUGAUCGCACAACUAAAAGGUUGAGAGGUUUUGGCUUUGUUACUUUUGAAUCGGAUGAUGCAGGAAAGCAUGUCUGUGAAACAGGUUUUCACAAACUCAAAGGGAAGAAUGUUGAAUGCAAGAGAGCUCAGCCAAAAGAAGCUAUGAUGUUGCAAGGUAAAAGCCAAGGGUUGGUUGGUAAUGUAGUAAACCUUGCUCCUUUUUCCAUCGGCCGUGGAUAUCAUAAUGGUUUAUCAACUGUACCUAUUGGAUUUGGUUUUCCUGAUUGGACUUGUAACCCACAAAUUUAUCAACACUUAGCAAAUUCGGUGCAUUUUGGGCGUGGAAGAGGUUAUACAUCAAACUAUCAAGGUUUUAUCAAUGUUUCUGACCACCGACGCGGCAAUGACCAAUAUUUUUCAGAAUAUACUCCCGUACAGACACCAACAACAAUUAGAACUGAUGUAUUACAUUCAAAUGAUUGUGGUCAGGAAUAUGAACAAAAUAAUUUUAACACUGUUGGGUUAACAUACCACAGUGCAACAAAUACUACACCUGCUUCACCACUCUCUCAAGUGUUUAAUCAGACUGCAUCUGGUCAAGACUUAGUUGGCUAUACAACAAAUUCUAGAGCAGGGUUGUCUGAUCAUCAUUUAUAUCAUAAUGGUCACCAUGCUUGUUCAAACACACAAGCAACUUUCUGUCAUAGAAUGCCUCAAAUUACAUUAAGACAAUAAAGAAUUCUAACAAAUAAAAUAAUACCUGAAAAUCGAAAACGAAGUUAUAGAUGAAAAUCGUAGAGCAUGCUCUGUGUUUUUACAAGAACUUUCGGAUUUCCUCAGUUAUAACUCACAAUUUCCUCGAACUUAAUAAAAAAUUAUUGUACAAUAAAAUAAUUAAUUAUUGUUAUUAAUUACUGAGGUAUCGUUUU